UGUCCGAUAGCCGAUUUCGUCGGACGUCCGCCCGGAACAAUACUAGCAACCAUUAAACCGGCAAUCGUCGACCGUUCCGAAACAAGUGCAAUAUUCCAAAAAACCUAACGAAAUGAAGCAUGCUACUACUACGGUAUUGUUGGUUUUGAUCUUUUUCGUUCAAUACUCGUUCUCAGCUGGGGACUUGGAAAGCACGUUAAACCAUUGUUGUAACACUGGAAAAACGUGGAGCGUGGAAAAAAAAUCUUGCAAUAUCACUCUGUCAUUCCCUUUGUUCAACGUCAACGUCGAACAUAAUACGAUGUGUCUGACCACGGUCGGGGCGUGUUGUUUGCAUUCGUUGAGAGAAAUACGAUGUAACGAGGGAAAACAAGUUGGAUUGGAUAAUGGAAUUUGCAAUGAAAAAGUACAAAUGGGAAGAAAUCAAGUUGAUUUUAUGAUAUGCUGUGAAAUAUGUAAAAUUGGUGUUGCUGUUGGUUCAACGAAAACGAUAUGUCAAUCAACUCCAUUGUUUCACGAACAUCAAUGGGGUGAAGUAUAUCAGUCAUGUUGCAAUAUAGCUGCUACAAAAGUAAAAUCAAUUUUGACUGAGACUAAAACAAUCAAAGUGGAAACUGCAGAUACAAAUCCUUGUAUACUUGGAACACAUAAUUGCACGUAUAGUGAAAUAUGUAUAAGCACACAAAAUGGAUUUGAAUGUCAACCAUCGAUGGUCCCUGAAAAAUUAAUUAUGUAUACAAAAAAACAAAUUUGUGACCUCGGAUACGCUUAUAAUGCGUAUAAACAGAAAUGUGAAGAUAUAGAUGAAUGUUCUCAACGACCCUGUGAUAUAAAUGAACAGUGCAAAAAUUUACCUGGAAGCUAUAAAUGUCAUUGUAAAAGUGGUUAUCAAUUGGACAAAGUGACCAAUGCGUGUACAGAUAUAAACGAGUGCCAACUAAACUUGCACACGUGUCAAGAAUCUCAGCGAUGUGACAACACAGCAGGUUCAUUUCAAUGUAUACGUUUCACUGGAUGCGGAACGGGGUACACGCUCGACGUCGAAUCCGCUUCAUGCAUAGAUGACKACGAAUGUGCACUGAAGACUGACACCUGUGGAGUCUUGGGCCCGGAUUGGAUCUGUAGAAAUACACUAGGUUCCUUUCGGUGCGAUAAGAAACGUUGCACGGGAUCGAAUUGUCGAGUUCUUCAAGGAGGCUUUAAUAAUACCAAUCAGAGUAAUCGAAGCAGUGCAAAAUGCCUUCGUGGUUACGAAAUGGAUCAAAACAAUAAAUGCACUGACAUAAACGAAUGCAGAUUGUCCAAUCGGUGCUUGAAAAACGAAUUGUGUAUCAACACGAAUGGAAGUUACUACUGUUUACCCAGAUCGAAAAAUUCUCUAUGAUGAAUGAAUAAAUAUAUGUUAUAUAUUAUGUAUACCUAAGAGUUAUUUUAAAUUAAAAGUCAACUAAUGUUUUUACGUUUAUUUUUCCUAAAUAUGGCCUAUAAUUAACCCUAAUCAUGAAAACUAAAAAUAAAAUUUGUUCGAAUCCAUUUUAAUAAUCAAUUUACCAGCUAUUUAAUGAUAGAAUCAACAUUUUAUACCUACUAAUAAUCAUUAUUU